GCUCAUUCAAAAUCACGGGACUCAUCUUCUUCUGAACUGCGAGGCGACAACAGAUCGUACAACGAGGAAAUCAAACUGUAGCUUUUAAUCAAGCAGUCAAGCAGAUUCAGAAGUCUCCAAAGAAGGGCCUCAUGCGCAGCCCAGUGGAUCAUCCUCAAAUCAGAGGUCCUGAAAGCUCCAAUGGAGCACUCACGCAACUUCUAGCCUCAGUCCCCGCUGCCCUAAAUGACCCAGCACAGAGCACGUUGCGCAAACGUAAAUGCCAAGCGACUCUGGAGCCCACAAAGAAAAGGGCUACAUCCGCACGAGAAGACAACCUUGCUAAACAAUUUCGAAAUCAUGAGCGGUUUUGGUUAGCAGACGGAAAUACUGUCAUUGAACUUGACGAAAUACGCUACAGGGUGCAUCAAUCAUGGCUUACCCAGCAUUCGGAACAAAUUGCAGCCAUGUUCCUCGACAGAGGAAAAUUCGGUGACAAACUUGAAGAGAUUACACUCGAUUUUUGUGGCAAGCUCAAAGCAGUAGAUUUCGAGACAUUGCUGUUGUUUUAUGCUAACCCUGGGGAUUACCGCCACGCCAUCGAGCCUGUUACCCUAAUGUCCCUGAUUCGCGCAACGACGUUUCUUGGUUUCGAUUCCGACCGUGUAUGGCUCGUGAAGGAGUUGGAAGCGCUCUGGCGAUACAACCUGGAAGAGCUAUCUCCUAAGCCAGAGCUACACCUCAAUGCUCCGGAGGUGGCUGCCCUCGCACGGGCGUGCGAUAUCGAUGGAUUAUUAAAGCCUGUGUUCUACGAUAUGGCAAGGACGCCUGUGUUCGGUCUGGACAAACUGGAGGAAUCAGAGCAAAUCGGCCGUGCGGAUAUGUUGCGCCUUAUCCGGAUGAGAGAGUAUCUAAGCGACAUGUGGGCGCAGGCAGCAGUGCGCGAGAAUCCUACAUUAGUUUGCCAAAACCUCCUUGGCGUGCCAUCAAUCGAUGGCGAAGGAACCUCAAUUCUAUCUGAACAUGCCGACGAGAAACCUGCACUAUGUGCUACCACCUCUGCUAGCACGAUUAACAAGUGCCUCUCGGCCACCGCAAGACGCGAGGCGUGGGUUCGGCUCGUUCAUGACUCGGGGAUUUUCACCCGGUAUCGGUACGACCCACUGUGUGGACUAGCGGCGUUGAUAACCAUCGAGUGGACGUUCGACUGGUGCAAGGAUUGCAAGGAGAAACGGAAGGUUGAUUGGCGCCAAAUGCAGAGCAGUAUUUGGGAAAAGGUUGGCGAGUAUUUGAUAGAAGAAUGAUGAGCGAAUGUUGCAGUAAGUUACCUUGUUCGCCAGGUUUCUUGCUCCCCGAUGAUUCAAGAUUUUUCUUACAUAUUGAAGAAUAAUUUCCCGUCAUCACGUCUCACUAGAGUUGCGUUGGACUGUACCGGAACACGCAUUAGAAUAGAAAGGGGCUUUGGACCAAUGUUCGAGGACUGUUUAUUGUACUGGCCCAGCAAGUUAGUAUACAGUUUAAUUCCGCCUUAUUAAUUCAUUGUUGCCCCAUUCUCCACUGUCGUUUGCGUGGCCUUUCAUCCCCAACCGUUUCAAAUUUCUUAUGAUAGUACAGUCGACGACAAUCCAUAAUUCGUGCUUUGAACCAC